AUGAAGGCGAUCCUGGUAUUCCUGACGAUCUCAUGCCUGGCCAUGUGCUCGGCGAACCCGUUGGAGAAGCUCGACAAGAUGAACACGCUCGAGCAACAAUCCACGACGGUCAAGGACCGUGCCAAGUACGAGGAGGAGCUCCUCCGUAAAUUGAACUCGAACUGUUCCCAAAACCAUCUGAGCAGUUGCGUGAUGCUGAAGCUGGUGACGAACAUGAACAAGUUUCUGAAGAAGGCGUCGAUAGAGCUGACGGACGACAUCGAGAUCAGAAAAACCAGCCAGGUGUCCGAGGAGAUGGUCACCUUCGAAGCUGGUCGAAGCAAAGACGACGAGUCCGAGGUCUUCGACCUUGUCGCCAAUAAGGUGUACGCGUUCAUCAAGUCUAGGAGCAUCAAAUGGAGGAUUCUUCCUGAAGACGACGUCGUUGUGUCCGCCUCCGAGGACGAGAACGGUUCCCUGAACCUCAGUGUGUCCAUUGAACGAGCUGACAAUGUUGCUGUGCAGGAUGGUCGUGGCAAGAAGAACAACAACAUGGGACCCCUGAUCGCUGCCGCAGUGCUGAAAAUCGGUCUGAUCGGUGGUCUUGCGUUCAAAGCAUUGGCGCUGCUGGUCGGCAAGGCGCUUCUACUUUCGAAGAUCGCGCUCCUGUUGGCUGGUAUAAUCGGCCUGAAGAAGCUGUUCUCCCAUCAGAAGCACGUCACGUACGAGGUGGUCGCUCAUCCGCAUCACAGUUCGAGCCACACUUUCAGCUCCGAUCACGGCCACGGGGACAGCUACUCGAGCGGUUGGGCGAGAAGCUUCCACGGCCAAGGGCCUGUCGCUGGUCAGACAGACGCCCACCAGAUGGCCUACUCGGCGCACGCCAAGUGA